GGUGUGGAUUUCCGUAGGCAGCGGCGAGCCGCUGGAGCGGGCGCUCAGCCGACCAGACCGGCCAGCCGCAGAAACCACCGCCGGUGGAAAGAAAAGGGGGAAGAAACGGAAAAGACAAGACAAGACAAGACAAGACAAGGACCCACUGAACUGUCUCAGCCUGUUACUCCUGUCUUUUGCAAAUCCCCCCACAAGAUCCUACGUUCUUCUCCAGCCCUGAAUCGGCGCGGAGUUCGCCAGGAACCAGCCCAUCUCCGGAGCGGAGGCCCGCGACGUCGGCUGGUCUGGAUGCAGAAAAGCAGGGAAGAUGGAUACCUUCAGCACUAAGAAUUUGGCUCUCCAAGCUCAGAAGAAGCUGCUGAGCAAGAUGGCGUCCAAGAACAUGGCAAGCAUCUUCAUUGAUGACACCAGCAGCGAGAUCCUGGACGAGCUGUACCGGGUCACCAAGGAAUUCACUCACAACCGCAAGGAAGCCCAGAAGAUCAUCAAAAACCUGAUCAAGAUUGUGAUGAAGUUGGGCGUCUUGUACCGCAACAAACAGUUCAGUGUUGAAGAGCAGGUGCUGAUGGAGCGUUUCCGGAAGAAGGUUCAUACCUUGGCCAUGACUGCAGUCAGCUUCUAUCAGAUAGACUUCACCUUUGACCGCCGGGUCAUGUCCAACAUGCUCAAUGAAUGCCGUGACCUGCUACAUCAAGCAGUCAACACUCACCUGACAACCAAAUCCCAUUCUCGGAUCAACCACGUCUUCAACCACUUUGCGGACUACGAGUUUCUCUCGGCUCUCUACAGCUCCUCUGAGCCCUACCAGGUGCAUCUGCAGAGGAUCUGCGAAGGCCUGAACCAAAUGUUGGAUGAAGGCAACAUCUGAAAGCCAGAUUUAGCAGCCAACAUUACACUAAGGACUCAACCGUUGACUCGGCUACUUUGGUUCCUUCAUCUCUGGAUAUGCUAGGCAUCUUUUUGACUCCCUUGUUGUAACCUAGUGGUAUUUUAAGACUGAGAUUUUUCUUUUUUUUAGUUAUAGACAGUUUCACCUAGGGUCUUUUCCACUGUCCUCUCCAACUUUCUCCAAGGAAUUAACUGGAUUUCUAAAGAUUUUUUCAUUACCACUUGGUGGAAGGUAACAAUGGCCAACCCUGAUGAGGAGCACAAAUGAAGAACAUCUCUAGAUUUGCAUCUGGUCUUCUUCUAGAGCAGAAGAUGCAUCUGUGGGAUCAACUAAACCACAGAUUUAAUUCGGUUGGGCCUCCUGCCUCUGGCAGUCAUUAGCCAGUUUUUUCAAGGAGGUCUUCUGGCCAAGUAGGACAUCAGUGGUCUUUCUUCCUAAAUGUGGCUGGCAUUCAGAGGCACAUAAACUCCACACGGAAAGAUCCAUUUACUUCUCCAAGAGCCCAGCUCAGACCAGCAGUUCAUUUAACUUGGCAAUCAGCAGCAGCUCCUGUAGAGAUCUUUAGAGUUGGAAGGGGUCUUGAGGGCAACAAGUCCCUCCCUCUGAUAUAAGAGGAAAUCUACGUUACAGCAUCCACAGCAGAUGGCUGUCCAGCCUCCACUGUCAAAAAUCAAAGGAUUUUUUCCCUGCAAUAUUCAACUGGAAUCUGUCUUUCUGUAACUCUGUUUCAUGCCCUGCCCUCUGGAACAGUGUUUUCACAAACUUGGCAACUUUAAGAUGUGUGGACUUCAACUCCCAGAAUUCUGGCUGGGAAUUCUGGGAGUUGAAACCCACACACCUUAAAGUUGCCAAGUUUGAAAAACACUGCUGUGGAACAAUAAAGAACAGGGUUUGAUGUUCUUCUGUUUGACACCCCUUGAACACACUUGAGGUUCUACUGGGUCUCCUUUCUGGCAUUGUUGGCUCAAGGUGGCCAAUUCCUACCAUCUAAUCACUCCAGACUUCGGUUUCUGGUUCCCUGCUCAUCCUUGGUUUUUUAAAAAUAUUUUUUAUUGUUGAAAUAGUGAAAUACAAAAGAGAAAAGAAAGACAAUUAGAACAAAUCCUUGUUGACUUUCUCUGUACCACAUACAGGUAGUCCUUGACUUAUGACCAUUUGUUUAGCGACUGUUCGAAGUUAUGACAGCACCGAAAAAACUGACUUUCAACCAGUCCUCAAACUUAGAACCAUUGUGGCAUCCCUGCAGUCACAUGAUAAAAAUUCAGGUGCUUGACAACCGGCAUGUAUUUAUGAUGAUUGCAGCAUCCUGGUCACAUGAUCGCCAUUUGUGACCUUCCCAGUUGGCUUCCAACAAGCAAAGUCAAUGGGGAAAGCUGGAUUUGCUUAACAAUCAUGUGAUUCACUGAAUGACCACAGCAAAAAAGGUCAUAAAAUUGGGCAUGACUCAUUUAAUGACCACCUCACUUAGCAAUGGAAGUUCCAGUCCCAGUUGUGGUCAUAAGUUGAAGACUACCUUUACAGGAGGCUUUGAACUUCACCAACUUAGCUUCUCCUCCAGGUCCUUGGGCCUCACAAACUUGCUACUCAUGACUGCCAGCAAAAGUGAGCUUGGUGGACUUAUGGAGGCAGCCUUCUCUCUCCAGGCUACCGGCAAACUCAACAAACACUCGAUAUCAGUGUGUUACCAGUAUUUGUGGUUGUGGUUGUUCAGGUAAUGAGGCCCUAAGCACUGAAUCAAUUUUUAAUAAAGCUGGAGUA